AUGGAGCACCAAUGGACCGGCACAGCAAAAAAUGAGGAGACAACUGAGUCACCUCAUACUCAACCUCCACCACCCUAUGAGGCGGUGCAGCAAGAGCCCGUUGAUCUCGAGGGAAUCCACGUCCACGACGACGGCCGCAUUUCAAUUGACGCGAGAUCUCGGCUCUGCAGGACUCUAUCCAGGCUGGUUCCCAGCCCUAAUGUAUCCUAUGAAAGUUCAACUGCACCACCACCAAGCUAUGACGACCUGAUCGCAAUACCUCGGUUCAAUUUGAAUAUCGUAAUCCAGAUUGUGGGCAGCCGGGGAGACGUGCAGCCUUUUAUCGCCUUGGGCACGGAGCUGGGACGGAUUGGCCAUCGAGUGCGCAUCGCAACACACAAUGUUUUUGAGGAUUUUGUCCAUGAAGCAGGACUGGAAUUCUACCCGAUCGGCGGUAAUCCAGCUGAUCUCAUGGCAUAUAUGGUCAAGAACCCUGGCCUGAUUCCGAGUAUGCAUAGUGUACGGGGUGGGGACAUUGAACGGAAUCGUUUGAUGAUGGCAGAGAUUCUUCAUGGCUGUUGGCAGUCGUGUCUGAUGCCUGAUACUGUUACCAAUACCCCAUUCGUCGCCAACGCAAUCAUCGCCAAUCCUCCAAGCUUCGCACACGUUCAUUGCGCCCAGGCUCUGGGAAUUCCGUUGCAUUUAAUGUUCACAAUGCCGUGGAGCGCAACUCGGACGUUCCCUCACCCAUUGGCAAAUUUGCACAAUGUUUCGCCGGAUCAGGAUUGGAUCAAUCGUGUCUCUUAUUCAGUGGUGGAUUGGCUAUCAUGGCAGGGCCUGGGGGGCGUCAUCAAUGAUUGGCGCAAAUAUGAAUUGGAAUUAGAACCUAUAUCCUUUUCCGAUGGCCCCUUUUUGCUGAAAACCCUCAAUGUUCCAUACACCUACUGCUGGUCUCCGGGGCUUGUUGCAAAGCCUGACGACUGGCCCACAAAUGCUGAUGUUUGUGGAUUCUUUUUCCGUGAUCCUCCUGACUAUAAGCCUAAUGCACAGGUGGCUGAGUUCCUCAGCGCCGGCCCACCUCCGAUCUAUAUUGGAUUUGGUAGCAUUGUCAUUGACGACGCAAAGAAAAUGACAGAAAUACUUAUACAAGCCAUUGAGGAAACAGGUGUUCGAGCUAUCAUAUCCCGUGGCUGGAGUAAUUUGGGAGGGCCGGAUCUACCUCAUAUACUUUAUUUGGACGAUUGUCCACACGAAUGGCUAUUCCAGCAUGUGAGUGCCGUUGUCCACCAUGGCGGUGCCGGCACAACAGCCUGUGGUUUGCGUAAUGGUAAGCCGACUGUCGUUGUGCCAUUCUUUGGCGAUCAAACAUUCUGGGGAGAUAUGAUAUCUACGGCUCGGGCAGGCCCCAAGCCUAUUCCACAAAAGCUCCUAGAUGUCCCAACGCUUAACCAAGCCAUUCGUUAUUGUCUGACCCCCGAAGCAAAAAGCGCAGCGAGAGGCAUCGCAGUGAAGAUGCGCGAAGAACAGGGGGUCAAAGCUGCUGUGGCCUCCUUUCACAAACAUAUACCAAAAGGACUUGUUGGAUGUGAUAUUCUGCCCCAGCUUCCAGCAUGCUGGAAAUACAAGCACAACCACAGAAAAUGGCAUCUAUCCAAGGUUGCGGCAGAAAUUCUCCUUGAUAACAAGCUACUAAAUCCAAAAAGGCUGAAGCCGUAUCAACCUAGUCCGAUAUGUCUUGAUAUAAAGCGCUGGGAACCUAUUACGGGGAUAGCAUCUGCGGGAAUGGGGAUGACAUUUGAAAUACUCAAAUCGGGAGGUGACAUCCUAUACAAGCCCUAUGAGGUUUACAAAAAUGGAAGCUCAAAGGGCGCUUCAACAUCCGGUCCUUCACAAACAGGGUCCCCUUGCUUAUUGUCACCAGACUCGUCCGGCUCGCUCCGUAACUCUCGGUCUCUGAACGAUUUGACAGCGACCGGGGCAAUAGAACGAAAAGAUAAAAGCAAAGCUCUUGAUAUGGCUUCCGUCUCGGCUCGCGCCUCAGGACGACUUCUAGGGAAAGUGGUGUCUGGGGUGAUGGUAGAUGUACCUUUGGCCGCCGCCGAGGGGUUUCGUGUGCUCCCCGGUCUAUACGGUAACAAGGUUCACGAAUAUGAAAGAGUCAAAGAUUGGAAGUCCGGAGCAGUCACUGGAGUCAAAAGCUUUGCAGUCGGCAUGGGCGAAUGUUUGAUUGAUCCACUAUAUCAGCCCUAUAAGGGUGCCAAAGAGGGAGGUGCUCUAGGCUUUGCAGGUGGUAUGCUCAAAGGAACAUUCGGGGUCGUUGCUAAGAUGGCACAUGCUUCUCUGGGCCUCGUUGCCUACCCUGGGCAGGGUAUUAAGCGAAGUGUUCAGGCGGCAUACCGUGAAAGCACUCGAAAGCACGUACUAGCCGCUCUCCAUGAAGAAGGUCAAGACCUUGUCAGGCAAUUCAAAGCAAAAGGCAAUUCCGAAGGGCUGGUCAUUGACAAAUUUCUAUCCCAGAUUCGACAGGAUACAUCUGACAAUGAUAGUGAUUAUGUAUAG